AAUGGAUUGUUCUGCCGUGAAUUCUGUUGAUGAUUUGAACUUUCUUUUAUUACGAGCUGAUUUAAAAUGGUUAGAACCUUGUUGUAAUAUUGAGGAACAUCUGGAAAAAGGUUUUUUGGUUGGUCAUUGCUUGAAAUUAAUUUUGGAUGAAGUUUGCCAGAGGUCCAAUGAUACUUUUAAUUUAAUUAAAUGUUCAAAAAUACUCUGCAGAUUCUCAGCAAUUUUGUGUGAAUUUUCUAUUUCAUUGCCUUCCCAUCAUUUUCAUCAACUUGUGGAUUUUUGUUUUUACAUUUUGGAUUUUCCCUUUUGUGAUGCAAUUAAUUUUCAAGCUAUUUCAAUUCUUCAAAAUCUUUUGGAAAUUCAUAGAAAUUUUUGUUGUUGUAAAGGUUUUCUUUUUCAAAAUUUUUUUUCAAUUUUUCUAUAUUUUAAAGAUGUUUUUAAUCUCACAGAUCAAAUUUUAUGUUCAAAAAGAAUUUUCAUACCUUUUUGUGAUUUUUUAUUAAAUUUUGGUCAAAGAAUUGUUGGAGAAUCUGAUAAUUCUAAAAAUUAUUCCUUUACCAAACAACGAGCUAUGUUAUUGAAUUGUUUACUUAAACUACAUCCUGACUUGAGACAACAAAUAUUUUCUGACAACUUUUUAAUUAAAAUCUAUAAACAAAUGAGGAAUGAGCCUCCAACUGUUCAGAUUUGUAAUUUAAUUGUAGACGAUAUUUGUGCUUCACUUAUUACGUCAAAUAAAUCUGAGGAAAAGGAAAGGCUAAAAACUCGUUUGGAUUUGCAUUUAAAUUGGAUCAAAAUUCUUUUUAUCAACGAAGAUAUUCACUCAAUGGAGAAUAAAUUGUUACCUAAAUUAUUACGCUCUCCGGAGACGAGGAAGUGGUUUUUUGAUGAAUUUUCAAUGUUUAUUGAUUUUUCACGUUCUUCUGCUCACUCAAAACGUGCACUUUGUGUUUUACUUCGAUUGGCAAUUGUUCAUUUAUAUGAAAUCCAAAAUGGUCAGACUAUGGAUUGGAAAGAAUUAUUAUUAAGACAUGUUGGCGAAGAACAAGCAGACAAGGAAAUGUUUGAUGCAUUAAUGGAUAAAGAUUUUGAGAAAUUUUUGGUUUCGGGUGCUAUGGAUUUAAAAACGCCGGCUAAACGUCAGGCAAUUUUUUGUCAAUUGGGAAAGCUUAUUUCGCGUAUUAGGGAACACUCAAAAUCUUUACUAAAAUUGCUACAAAAUAAUUCUGAAGCUGAUAUUCAACUUAAAAUUUACAAAGAAUUUUUGUUUUGGCUUUGUAAACUUGCUUUUGAAUUUAUAUCUAAUCCUGAUUGGCAUAAAAAAUUGAUGGAAAGUUUAACUUUGGAUUCGAAUAUAGAAAUAAACGUGAAAAAUGUUGGGGAUGAACUUUCCGAAUUUAGUUUAACAAAUGAUGAAAACUCGGAAGUGAAUGAGAUUGAUGAUGAUUGUGAUGAAGAAGAAAAUGAUGAAGAAAAUAGCACUCCUUUUGCGACAAGAAUAUCAGCUUUAACUCUUAUUUCGCUUAUUUUCAAUCCCUCUAUUUCUCUUGAAUCAGAUCCAUUUUCAACAUUUUUGGAUUUAAAACAUUGGAUUGGAAAGGAGGAAAAACAAAAAUUAUUUUAUUCAUUAGAUGAUCAAUUCGAAGCUUGUCAGAAAAUUGCUUUGAAUUUGUUAAAUCAUUUUGAGACUAUUGGUUGGUUUAAACAAAAUUUUUAUUCACAAAUUUCUGACGAAGAAUGGUUAUUUUUAAGUGUGAGACCUAAUAUGCCUCGACAUCAACAAGCAAUAAAAUAUAGGCUACAAUUUAUUCUUCCUCGAAUGGAGUUUAAAUCCCAAAUUAAUUUUAUCGAGACUUUAUUAACUUUGUCUGAAAAUAGUUGUUCUAAUGUAACAAAGGCAAAUAAAGGGAAAGAAAAUUAUUUUUUGGAAGCAUUUUUGGAUCCACCUCAAUUACAUGCUUUGAUUAACGCUUUACACGUUUCGCUUCCAUUUGUGAAGUUUGAAAUUUUGGAUAAUGAUUUAUUAUUGAUAAAAAGAAUUUAUUCAUUAUGCCUUGAUGUUGAUAAAAUCAUCUCUCCCGUUGUUUAUUCAUUAUCUCCUGAGGGAUUUAUGCCUAGCAUAAAUGAUGCUUCUUUAUGUGUAAAAGGUGUUAAAUUAUUUUAUUAUUUACAAUUAGGUGGCUAUUACAAUAUUUAUGCUCAACAACUAUCAAGAACUUGUUUUCGUGCACACAAAUCAAUUAGCGGAAUUAUUUCAUAUAUUUUUAUUCAAUACUUAACUUCACCAAUUUUUUCUUCACGUUUCUCAAAAAAUGAUUUUAAUUUAUUUCUUUCCCAAAUUGCUUUUUAUUUUUGGCAAAAAUUGACAGAAUGUAGACACCGUGGGGCUUUUGAAGCUGCUUAUAAUGAAUUUACUACUGUUGUAUGUCCUCGUCUUUGGGCACUCUGUGAUGAGAAAUAUCAAAUUGAAAGCUACGAUAAAACAACAUUUUUUCCUUAUAGUCCAAGGCAGUGGUUAAAACAAAUUUUGGAUGCAUUAACUGGGAAGGAUGCCAGCCAAAAACUUUGCGUAACAAGGAGAAGUGCUGGAUUACCCCAUUUAAUCGCCUCACUUUUAGAAAAUGCUCCAAUAAAUGAGUUGAAUGAUGAACAUGGUUUAUUUCAUCAAACAAUGAGGCAGCUUUUAGCUUGCAGUGAACGUCAAAAUUCUGAAUUAGAAAUCCAUUGCAUCAACGUUCUCCGCCUUCUUUUCAUGCAUUCAAAAUUUGCUGAGCUUGUUCUUCCUCAUAUUGAAUGCGCAUUCCGUCUUACAAUUAAUGGAUCAUCUUCAGAAAUUUGGCAGGUUAGAAAUGCACACACUCAACUUUUUGCUGCCCUUAUUAAACGUAUUUUUGGAACACCAUCAGUAGAGAGACGAACUUUACACAUUGAAACUCGUUGUAAACAAACAUCAAAUGAAUUUUUUAAAAGGUAGAGAUUGAAUGGAAUAACGAACUUUGUUUU